AGAAAAUGGUACAACGAAUUGCGCGGACACAUAACGUGCCGCGCAUCUACACCCUCGUCCAUGACUCGCCUUACCCCACACAUGAGAUCUCGGAUCAUGUCUACGAUGAGCUGAAGAAGGUUCUAAUCCUUGCCGGAGCCUUCUUCUUUAUCACCAUCGUGUGUAUCAUGUCAAAGUUGCAGGUUGGAACUGAAGACGUGCUACGUUGGUCACCGGUUGUUUGGUUGGUAGGCGUUUGUGUUGCGGGUGCAUUCAUGAAUCUCAUAUUCUAUUGUCGGAAAAAGUACCGAGAAAGGAAACGACGGCAACGAGACCAACAACAAGAGCUGCUAUUUUCGUUAGCGAUUCCUCGUUCCUACCCAUGUCUGGCACCUCCUCCACAUCAAGGGUGCUGCCGAUCUUCGCGAAAUUCAAUCUCCGGCCGAAGCUUGCCGUCGUAUGAGGACGCCAUCACUUACAAGUUGGAGGAUAACUCGCUUCCACCAAAUUAUUCUGAAGCUGUUUCGAUGCUGCACGCAUCCACACAAGUGUCUACACAGACACAGACAAGCCGAACCACUCAAACAACAAACGGUCCCGAAUGACCAACGGCCAGUGCUCCCCUUUAAUUCACAUUCCAAGAUUAUUUCUGUUAAGGAAAAUUUUCUAGGCUUGUUCUUCCGAAUUUUGUAUUUAUUUGUGCACAUUUACCUCGAAAUUGGUAGAAAUUUGUCUUUUACCUUCACUUCACAUCGAUUCCAAACCCUCCGUAAUUCCUCCUACAGUUUGUGUUCCCAUCAGGGAUAUCCGUCGUGCAUUCGUCUUGUACAUAAUAUUCUUCUCUUAUGUAAUCACUACCAAGAAAAAGUGCACUUUGUUGAACUUUUCUUUUUUCCUUUGUUAACAUCGACCGCAACACAAGUUGAUGUCUGUUUCACU